AUGGCGGAUACCGUCGUCGUCGUCGUCGUCGGAGCCGGUGUCUCGGGCCUCACGUCGGCUCUCUUGCUGUCCAAGAACAAGGGCUACAGCAUCACGGUGGUGGCAAAGCACAUGCCGGGCGACUACCACGGCGAGUACGCGUCGCCGUUUGCGGGGGCCAACAUCGUCCCCAUGGCCGACGAGGCCGGCAAACGAUGGGAGUCGGAGACGUGGCACGAGCUGAAGCGCCUCGCCCAAGAGAUCCACCGUCGGAGCCGCGACCUGGCCACGGACGCGGGGUUCCCGGCGCAGACCUUUAGCAGCGCGCCGUGGUACCGCGGCCUGUUUGACGACUACCGCGACCUCCCGCCGGCCGACGUGCUGGACGGCUACGACUCGGCGUCCGAGUAUACGGGCGUCUGCAUCAACACGGCCGUGUACCUGCCGUGGCUCGUGGGGCAGCUCCUCCGCAACGGCGUCGUGGUGAAGCGCGGCAUCCUCGCGGACAUUGUAGAGGCCAAGGCGCUCGGCCACACGGGGCGGCCCGCGUCCGUCAUUGUCAACGCGACGGGCCUGGGCUCGCACAAGCUGGGCGGCGUGCGCGACCCGGCCCUCUACCCGGUGCGCGGGCAGACGGUCCUCGUGCGCAACGAGACGACGCCCAUGGUGCUGUGCUCGGGCUCCAGCGACGGCCCGGGCGAGGAGCUGUACGUGAUGCAGCGCGCGGGAGGCGGCGGCACCGUGCUGGGCGGCACGUACGACGUCGGCAACUGGGACACGGAGCCGGACCCCAACGUGGCGUCGCGCAUCAUGGCCCGCGCGGUGAGGGCCCGGCCGGGGAUGGCGGGCGGAAGGGGGGUGGCCGGGCUGAGCGUCAUACGCCACGCCGUCGGGCUGCGGCCGGCGCGCAGGGGCGGCGUGCGGCUCGAGAGGGAGGCGCUGGACGGGGCGACGACGGUGGUGCACAACUACGGGCACGGCGGGUUCGGAUACCAGUCGUCGUACGGGUACGCGGCGGGCGUCGUGGAGCUGGUGGGCGAGAUUCGCAGGCAGAGGGCUGCGAAGCUGUAA